GAGCGGGGGGAGUCACGCUGUGAGGGGGAACGGCGACCCCGGCGGAGGCCUCGCGCCGGAGCGGGAAGCCGCCGCCCUGAAGGGCGGAACGGGGCCGUCGGGCCGGGGCUGCGCGCCCUCGGCCGGCCCGGAACGGCGCUGCCCCGGAACGCGGCGUGCGGCUCCGCCGGGCCCGGCCGGUGGCUGCGCCGCGCGGCACCGUCCCGCCGCCGCCUUCCUGUGCUCGCCCCGCUCGCCGCCGCUCCGCCCGGCCUGGCCAUGCUGCGGCCGCAGCCCCUCUGCCUCCUCCUCCUCCUCCUCCUGCACCUCGGCCGUGUCACCUCCCCCGCUCCUCCGGCCACCCUCCGCCCGCUCAACGGCACGGAGACUCCGCGGGCUGCCGCGGGUAACGCGACGCAGCCGACCCCGGCGCCGCCGGGAUCGCGGGGACUGCCGGGGUCGGGGCUGCCGGUGCUGAAGCGGACGGUGUAUGUGCUGAGCGCCCUCUCGGCGCUGGCCGCGCUUUAUUUCCUCCUGCGGGCGUUCCGCCCUAGGUCAGAGGGACCCAAAAAUGAGCGCAAAACUCAUUUCAGGUUGAAAAAACCUCAACGGAAGAAAUACGGCCUCCUGGCGAAUUACGAUGAGAACAUAGAGAUGGCCUCGUUCGACAGCGAUGAGGACACGGUGUUUGAAACAAGAAAUCUGCGGCGAUGAUUUGGGACCAGUGGCACGAACCGCACAGACUGACCAAGGGUGUGCAAGGAUCACCUUACCAGUGCUCAAGUUUUAUUUUUUUAUAAUUGCUUGUAAUGACUAUUAAUCAACAGUACAAAUGCUUCCAUAGCUGGGGCAGGGGAAAGGGGACCAACCCUGUGUUCUUCACGCGUGUCUUUGGGGACAGGUGGAGCUCCAAGCUAAAUGAUGCUGCACUGGGUGCUGUUAACUGCGCAGGGAGAUGCUGAGGAAAACGUAACUCCUGGAUGAAUGCUCAGCAUUUGAAAUCUUACCGCGCUGGACUCGAGUGCUGCAGCUGUGUCUGCCGGUCUGUCAGGAUUUUGUAGGUGCUCACGUCCGUCUGUACUGGCGGCGGCACUCAGCUCAAAGUGUCGAAGGUGGAUUCCUUCGGCAGGCUGCUCGUCUUCCCUUCUUGCAGCGUCGGGUUCUUUAGGAAGCAUCUCUGCAGCCAGCUGUGGUCUGGCAGGGGCUGGGAGCUCUGGUUGUCUGUUACAGCAGCGGUGGGGGUGGGUGGUGGUGUGUUACUGCAGACAGAGAAUAGCUUUGGAAGUGAGUUAAAUGCAUCAGUGUUCUCGUCGUCCCAGGGUUAGGGUUACACGUGGUAAUGCAGGUCAUCGCACGGAUUCACAGAGCAAAGGCGGGUUUACAAAAGAAAGGUGCCACGUCGCCCCAGGGAGCAUCUCUCCAAAAGAGCGAUCGGUGUGUGAGGGGCUGCGAGUGGUCACACUGUUCUGCCCAGCUCCUGUGGCGUGUUCGCCAGGGCGUCUGGGUCGCGAGCUGCUGGCUCUGAGGUCACCUGAGGAAGAGCCGGAGCGCUGCCGUUUGAGCCGGAGAACCUUAACUGCCGGUGGGAUGAGUGACCUGUCUCUGAGCCUGGAAGACGCCUGGAAGAGGAGGACCCAAACCCCUGCGAACUGUGAUCCUUAGACUGAGACCUGGCUCAGAAAUAAUCUCUUCUUUAAGGGUACUGGAAUUUCACUCCAUUUGCUGGCACUCAAGCUGUGUCCCACUGUCAGCCCAGCAGACCGGGAUGUUUCUGUGCAGCCCGUUGCGUUGAUAGUUGGGUCCUUAUUGUGCAGGACCAAAUGUGAAUGUGUCGGGGAGUCACCGUUAGGUGGAUCCGCUGCUAAAAUGGUGAAAACUGCUUGCAAAGCGCUCCUGUUUACCGCACCUUUCAGCCUUGAAGGGAGGGCUCUUACUUGGAAACUGCGGGCAGCGCAGAACUGUGUCCACCCCACACUGGUAGUGCCUUGGUUAAGAGAACGCAAGGGAGCGAGUUACCCUGCAGGCCAGGGAGCUCCCUGCUUGACCUUACCUUUGAGGUGAAGAUUGAGAAUGUCAUUGGAGUAACGGCUCCUUUCUUUUGCUUAGCAAAUCUCUAGAUGAUAAGGGAACAAAACUGACGCUUCGCAGAAAGAGCAGGGGCAGAAGGGAUAUCCCUAUCAAGCAGCAAGGACAAACGGUUUGGCCCCAAGUCACCUGGGAGCUCCGGGCCUGGCUGCUGCUCCGAAAUCCCGCGGCUGAGGGAGUGGUGGGAUCCCGGCGCUCACCCGCGCGAGGGGCGGCGUGUCUCAGCGUGGGGAGGGUGAGGUUUCCCGGAGAAACGCCGCCCCAGGUGCUGGCAGCAAUGUGUUGCACAUGUGCAAAAGAUUUUUUAAAUAUAUCUAUUUUUAGUAAGGCUGUCAUGUCGACACAGCGCUUGGAUGUGCCCUCGUUUCGUAUCAUUUUUAUCCUUUCAUGCCUCUUUUAGGUACUUUCUGCCUGUUUGGCUGAUGCAGAGAUGAAAGCGUUUGCGGCGCUCCUCUGUGAGGGAAGCCGUAAUGGCUAAAUCCGGCCGUUGCUGCCCCGUGGGUGAUCAGAGAGCUGGUUGGUUUGAUUCGUGGGACCGUAUCUUCCUUGAUCCUGCUUAGGCUGGCAGGCCUGUGCGCAUGCUGGUGCCUUGCUCUGGCUCUUCGGCUCCCUCUGCAAGGUUGUCCCUUGCAUGGUGCCGAAGCCGAGGGAGCCUGUCUGCAUUUCAGUCCGCCAACACCCCCUGGCUCAGCACUGUGAAUGACACGUUCGUUGGCCUGUCUUUAUCCGAGGCGAUUAACGCGAUCGUUCUUUAGGCUUAAAGAGGAGACCUCAAGCUGUAGGUCCUGCCAGGAAAACAAUUUUGAUAGAAUUUGAUUUUGCUGUGACAGGUAUUUAGAAUUUGAGCAGGGGAAGGUGUGGAGGGGCACAGCCAGAGCACGUAACGAGGUCUCUGUUCUGGUGCUACGUAGGCAAGUGGUAGCUGAGCUGGAGGCCCGGAGGGUGCGCCAGCCCCCUACCUCUGACCACGUAAAUGUUUUCAGAGUCCUCCCUCCAGCCCCCUCUAAAGGAGUGGGUGUCAUCGCAUGGAGAACAGCAAGGUGGAACGGGAGCGUAGCGUUGCUGCCACUUUCAUUCUGAUCCUGUUCUGGCUAGGGACAGGUUUGAGCUGUAGCCGGUGGCCCUGUGUGGGUAGUUCCAUCCUCCCCGAGGCAUCCUGCGUCUCGGAAGCAGCCCGUGGUCGGGGUUUGCCCUUCGCAGGCCAAGCCCUUACGUUCCCGCUCCGUUCUAAAUCGUUAAGGGCGUCUUCUGGGAGGAGAAAACAAAAGAUGCUGAUGACAGGCCUGAGACUCCUUCGAGGACAAAUCUGCUGCUCGGCGCAGCUUUUACUGGUCUCCAUUUCUUCUGGAAGAAUAAAAUCGGAGCUCUUGCGGCGGGGUCUCCUCACAGCGGUGGAACGGUGCCCCCGCGGGCAGUCGGCACGAGGCCAGCGCAGGCCUUCUGGGGGCCCGUCGUGCUAAUAGUAGGGGCUUUCAGAGCCUGGCAUUAUGUCUCCAUAAUGAGAGAGCAGUUCAGUAGUUACUUCAGCUAUAGUUUUAGUUACUUUACCCAUAUCUGAUACCCUCGGCGAUAGUAGGUCAUUUUGCAACAGAACUUGUAGUGGUUUUUCAGAACAGGUGUAGACAGACGGAUGCACGCAGAGGCAGGAGGGCUCCGAGCGCUCCGGUCUGGGGGCUGCGCUUUACGAGGAGCGUGCGUCUGCCCCGGGGCAGGCUGAUGCCUCGCCAGCUCCUGCUGCACUUUUCUUCCUCCAGAGCGAACCGGGGCGUUAAGCGGGAGGCGCUGCGGGCUCCGGCCGCUCCGUGCCGAAAGGCUGCCGGAGGUGGUGGGCGCAGGGCGCCGAGGGCCCAGCGCGGUUCCCCGCGGUCACCGGCCCGCGCGCGUCACGGGUGGCCGCUGCGGAGUUCGCCCGGAACAAUCGCUCUUGUUUAAGCCAAAGCCCAGUUUCAAAAGUUUACAUAAUUGCCUCUCUGAUCUUCUUGGAGGGCUGCAUCGAGUGCUCUGCUGUUGGCAUUGAGCUGCGAGGCAAACCGACUGGAACCGCCUGCUGAGGUUAAUGAGGGUGACCGAGAGCCACGUGAGCACCAGCUCCCCGCCGUUAAUAGUGCGCUGCCGUUCCGUUUCGCUCGUCCGUGUGCCUGGAACGGGAUCCGCAGCGCUGCAGCGCGGGGAGGUGGGCCGGUGGUCGGAGCAGGUGGCCAAGAAGUCGAUAAAACAGCGCUUGAGUGCGUUGUGCCGUCUGCGCUCCCACAAACGGAGGAGCUCCUCUUUCGCCCUCCUGCUUGAAUUGUUGAUUUAUUUUUAGACGGCGGCCAGUCCUGUACUGAUCGAUUCCUUUACUUCUGUUUACAGCAUCCCCCCUCCACUGUACCUUCAGACGAAUGAAAUAAAGCGUUCCGUUUCACCCG